CGUAAGCGAAGGCGCAAUAUUGCCACUCAGUCAUGUCUCAAUUGUCACACUUCCAAACACGAGUGUGAUGGAAAACAGCCAUGCCAGUGUUGUGUACUACUCGGCUUAGUCGGUCUUUGUAUCUAUGAGACCGAUGGCUUAGCACUGACGGAUGAUCCGACGAUCGAUGAACUAACUACGAGGGAAAGAAUCGCAGAGCUGGAAAGU